GAACUGAAGUCUUGGGUCCUGACUUCUUCUCCCGGCCCCGUCCACUCCACACAGUAGCCUACGCAGCAGAAGAGGAUAUGGAGCAGUGAUGUGCCGGGAGACCAGGAGAAUAAUAACACUUCUUUUUAAAAACGGAAUAAAUGCCCGUCUUUAAGUGACAGUUACAGGGUUCCUCUUGUAAAUUUAAAAUACUUCAAACGCAGAUGCUAGCAUGCAGGAAAUGCCAGACUAAUUCUCAGAUUAUUUCAAUCACCCCUCACGCCUCUAGAGAGUUCUGUCUUCAGUUGAAUAUUGCGCGUCUGACGGGAAGGGUCGAAGAAUACCAGCUCCAGCCACCGUGGAAACUGAUUAUUCCAAGAUGCUCCGGCAAAUGCAAUAUUUGAAAUUAACGACAGCACUCGUGUUGCUACCGUGUGUGUUGUCAUUUAACGUGGAUGACAAGAAUGGGGAGACUUUCAAUGGUCCGCUGGAGGACAUGUUUGGAUACUCAGUCCAGCAGUUUGAGAACAGUGAGGGGAAGUGGGUGCUGAUUGGUUCUCCCCUGGCCGGCCAGCCAGCCAAACGGACUGGAGAUGUCUACAAAUGCCGUGUGGGUCAAGGACCAAACCCUAAAUGUAUCAAACUGGAGCUGCCUGAAAACACAACAAUCCCUAACUUACACGAAGUCAAGGAAAACAUGACCAUGGGAACGACGCUGAUUACCAACCCUCAAGGAGGCUUUCUGGCCUGUGGUCCCCAGUAUGGCUACAUGUGUGGUCAGCAGACGUACAUCUCUGGGGUCUGUACCAACGUCAGCUCAACCUUCCAGGUGCUCAACUCUAUCGCCCCGGCUGUGCAAGAGUGUGCCAAAGAGCUUGACAUUGUCAUGGUUCUUGACGGCUCCAACAGUAUCUGGCCCUGGACCAGCAUCAUUGAAUUCCUGGUCAAGUUUCUGAAGAAUAUCGAAAUUGGAGCUAAACUGUCCCAGGUGGGUAUUGUGUCGUAUGGAGAGGAAGUCACUCACAAUGUCAACCUCAGCCAGUUUGAUACCACUCAAUCCCUCCUGGCCAAAGUGGAGAAACUUCCCCAGCAAACAGGUUUCAAGACUAUGACCGCCCUGGGAAUUGACACUGCAAGGAAAGAGGCCUUCACUGUGGAGCGAGGGGCGCGGCCGGGGGUCAAGAAGGUCAUGAUAAUUGUGACGGACGGAGAGUCACAUGACUUUUAUAACCUCGACAAGGUCAUCAAAGAAUGCGAGGAGGACGAUAUCGAGAGGUUCGGUAUCGCUGUGCUUGGUGAUUACAACAGGAACAACAGAAGCAUCAAGGAGGUGAAGAAAUUCAUUGAGGAGAUCCAGUCGAUCUCCAGCGAUCCUGUGGGAGAUCACUUCUUCAACGUGUCGGAUGAGUUUGCCUUGCUGAACAUCGUAGACGCCCUGGGUAGCAGGAUCUUUGCCUUGGAGGCAACGUCAGGUAACUACACUUCGUCUUUUGAGAUGGAGAUGUCCCAGGCUGGAUUUAGUGCCCACACCUCUAAAGAAGGUGUGAUGCUGGGUGCUGUGGGGGCGUAUGAGUGGAACGGGACAGUAGUGAUGCAUACCGACCAGGGUACCGUGGUUCCUCUAAACGCAGACUUCCAAGACCCCCUGGAUGAGAGGAAGGAGAGCCUGGCGGGGUACGUGGGUUAUGCCGUACAGUCAGCCUCAACCCCUAAUGGUGUAUUAUACAUCACAGGAGCACCGCGGUACAACCACACAGGCAGAGUCAUCGUGUACAAACUGGAUGGGGAAAUCAUCACAGUCACACAAGUACUGAAAGGAGAGCAGAUUGGCUCCUACUUUGGCAGCGUGCUCCAGACGGUGGAUGUUGACCAGGACUCCUACACAGACAUCCUGCUGGUGGGAGCUCCUAUGUUCAUGGGCCCAGAGAGGGAGGAACAGGGACAGGUUUACGUCUACAAACUCAAUGCGAAUGGCCUAUUUGAGCACCAGACCACGCUGAAGCCAGACAACCAGACGUGUUGUACCUCGGCCCACUCCCACGGUUGCACCAUCGUCAACACCAACGGCCCGUGUGGCGCCCGCUUCGGCACCGCCAUCGCAGAGGUCAGUGACCUGGACCUGGACGGGAACCGGGACGUGGCCAUUGGGGCGCCACUGGAGAACGACCACAAAGGGGCAGUCUACGUCUACCAUGGAGCCAAGAAGACCAUCAAGGAAAAAUAUGUGCAGCGUAUCCCAGGCCCUGGAGACGGGGUGAAGACUAAGUUCUUUGGCCAGUCGAUCCACGGAGUCAUGGAUCUGAACGGAGACGGAAUUAUAGACAUUACCAUCGGAGGGCUGGGAGGGGCUUCUCUGUUCUGGUCGAAGGAUGUUGCUGAGCUUUAUGCUAACAUGACCUUUGACCCAAACAAGAUCAACCUACAGCAGCCCUCUGAAGACUGUGUGCUGGGUGAGAGAGCCACCGUGUGUGUGAAGACCAGGGUCUGCUUUAACUACAGUGUCAAGUCUGAGAAGGACCACACUAACUUGGGCACAGCCAUUAAGUACAACCUGACUCUGGACUCUCUGAGGGCAAAGUCGAGGGCAGCGUUUGUCAACCCUGACGAGAAGAGUGAGAGGAAGGUCCAGGUCACCGCCAACAUCAUAGAUGCUCUGUGUCUGGAGCAUUCCUUUGCCAUGAAGGCUAAUCUGGACUUCAGGGACCCAAUCAUGGUUUCCCUAGAGUUUGGUCUGGCUGAGGACACAGGCCCCGUCCUGGAUGGAGACUUACCAACGUCACUCAACAAAACGAUUCCUUUGGUGGACUGUGGGAGCGAUGACAAGUGCAUAGCUGACCUAUCCCUGAAGGCUGUGCCAAGUAUACAAAGUCUUGUGAUCAAAGCCAACAAGGAAAAGUUCCAUGUGCUCAUUACCAUUAGAAACAGUCAAGACAAUGCCUACAAUACCAAAGUCAUGCUCAGCUUUACUGAAAACAUAAACUACGUCAAAGUCAAGGCCAAUGACAAAGUCUGCAGUCUGAAUAAUACCAAAGUUGAGUGUGCUGUGGGAUAUCCAUUCCUCAAAAGCAAUGUAGAGGAGGUGUUUGAGAUCCUGUUUGAAGUCAACCCUGCACACGUCUGGAAAGAAAUUCAGAUCAACGUAACUGCAUCCAGUGACAGUGAGGAAUUGAAGACCACCCUCCAUGACAACUCUGUGAGAAUCUCCAUCCCUGUGAAGUACGAGGCUGGACUCAGAUUCACUGCCGACAGGCAUAUGAAGGAGGACCACAUCAUAGUGAAAGAGGGAGAGCAGUACCCCAGCGUCUUCAACCACACCAGUGUGAUAGGAGAAGAGGUCAAGAUCAUCUAUAUGGUUAAAAAGGAUGUGGAUAUGGAGACUCCUCCUCUAAAGCUGAGGGUGAUGUACCCGUACCUAUCACCUAGUGAGAACAUCCUGCUAUACCUGACACAUGUCACCUCCUCACAGGAUGUGAGAUGUCACGUCAGGGACCUGAUUAACCCUUUAAAGAUCAACAACAACAACACGCACACCAUCAAUCCUAAAAAAGAGACCCUCAGUGUCUUCCUGGUGGGCUGUAAGGACCACCCGUGUAAGUCAUUUAUCUGCUCCAUCCCACAUGUCAACAACAGCCAGGUCAAUGUUACCUUCCGGGUAUGGAAGCCCACCUUUAUCAAAGCAGAGUUCUCCAGCCUUCAUAUGGUUGUUAAUGCCACUCUGGAGAACCUGAACACGGAUCUCUUCGUGUUGAGUGCCACCAAUUACGCCAGAGAUGUGAAGAUCCAGGUCUCUAAAGAGGCUUUGGGAGGUAUACCACUGUGGAUCAUUAUAGUCAGUAUCCUAAUAGGACUGAUGAUUCUGGCACUGGUCAUCUUCGCUCUAUGGAAGGCUGGAUUUUUCAAGAGAAAAUCCAUAGAGGACAUGGAGAACGAGGACAUGAAGGAUUAAUCCUUCCACCACCAUACAGAUGUGCCCCACUGUCUUCAGGUCUGUCUUCAGGUCUGUCUUCGGGUCAGUCAGAGGAGAUACCAUAGGAAAUACCCCAUCAACCAAUUCUCCUGAACACCAUCAGGUCAGAAGAAAAGCCAGUCUAUUUAUGGCUAUUCAACAACCAUUCACCUGAAUGUGAUGUGGCCCAUCUACCAGUCUUAAAACCCUGGUCUGAUUCAGUGAAUACAGAGGCCUGGGGAAACAUUGAACUUGUACAGUACACUCUAUUCAAUGUGGGUACCAAGACCUGGACCUAAAAGACCUAAGCUAGAAGGGAAAUCAGAAGACCGUAAGGAUAAUGGCACGCUGACUCAGACCUGAUCAUAUGCAGCCACACCAGCUUUAUACAAAACGUUCUCAGGUUCACGUACAGCGUCAACAUCCCAAAGACACUAAAAACACCUCAGAUUACAGUAUGGCAUUACACCAAAGUUGUCCAAAUGUCCAAGGCACUCUGCGAUGGAUUAGAAUUCUGUGUUAUAGUUUUUGAUCUUUUUUUACGAAUAUACUGUAAAUCUAUACCAUGUACUGUAUUUAUUUUUGUUUGGUAUAUUUUGAUACGUGUUAUUACCUAUAUUUUAACAUAUUCAUCCUCUUCUAAGCAUAAUGUUUGCUUUUUGGAACACUGAUAUUUUCACAUGAGUGUUUUUCUGGUCUUACAAGCGCAAUCUGUAAAUUCUAUAUAUUUUUUUUGAACAAAAGUGUUCUCUUGAAUAUUGAAGGGGUCUAUGCAAAUGUACCCUCCCCAAAUAUAUAUUCAGUAUAAAAGAAGAGGAGGAAUAGAUGCAUUUGCUAUUGACUUAAAUACAUCGGCUUUAAUCUAGUUUUUGUUUCAUUUUGUUACCACACGGGGGCAGAGAAUUUACAGAUUGCUCCUUUACAGUAUUAGGAAAAACUUUGAUUGUCCUGUAAAUGUAAUGUAAAGCUUGUACAUAAAGUUAUGUUUGCAAUAAUUCCUAUAAUUCAAGAUCAAGUUAAGUCCAGCAUGUAUCACCAAGGCUCUAUAUAUCAGUAAUAGAGAUAAAAUAAGUAAUUUGCUCCUACAUUUCUCAGGUAUUACUUAUGAUAUAGUAUGAUGAUAGUAUGGGGAUAGUAUGGUGAUAGUAUGGGGAUAAUUUGAUGAUAGAAUGAUGAUAGUAUGGGGAUAGUAUGGCGAUAGUAUGAAUUAGAUAAAACAAACAAAUGUAGUAUUUUUAAAUGAAAUACUUUAAAAACAAUAUGAAAAUAUGUAAAUAUUGGUCUUAUAUUUUGAUAAAAAUUUAAAUGUUUGAUAAAUGUGUAUUGGAACUCAAUGCAUUUUGCAUCCAUUCGCUAAGAUGUUUUUUUUGGGACUCAUCUUUCUUUCUGUCUUUUGUUUUGGGGCGAGAGUGAUUUCGUGAGGUAGCCUACAGUCACAUAGAGUAAUCCAAAAAGUAUCUCCACGGAGUGUAACUUGAUUCCUGAUGUUCAAACCUGUCAGUACCACAAAACAAAGAGAUGUUUGUCUCAGAGAAGGUCAAACUCUGCAAACUAGGCCAUUGAAUGUUACACACAGGGGGUGAUUUGGUCUGAUAUGCAUAUGAACACCAGGUUAUGCCUAAAGCCCUGUAGUCUCUGUUAUGGCCAGAGUACUAGGGACUGUCAUGAUUGUGAGUAGAAAUGUUUUAUUUAUGCAUCCUUUCUGCUUUCUCUCCGCCUACAUUCCUCUGCAUAUUUACAUAUUUUGCACAGGCAGUCCGGUGUAACCCCUGACUUUUUAUUGUAUAUAAGAGACACUCAUCAGCUCACCCAUUACUGUUGAAAGCACAUGUAAUAAAUGAAUAAAUAUCUGUAAAAUGUGUAAGAUAACCUUAACAUGGUCAUCCUCCAUACUGUCCCCUUCUGGAGAGCUUAUUUGUCACAGCUCAGCAGUGAUAGUCAGCUGAUCAAGGCUUUGAAGAUUUGAUUGCUGAUGAAUUAAAUUGGAACCCAGAACCAAAUCUUGUGUGCUGUCCAGCUAUGCAACUUGACAUGUAUUAUAAUGUAUGUUCAUGUGUUAACAGUCUGUCACAGGAUUUUGUUUGUUGUAUCAGGUGUGAUGGCACAUGUGGGACAAAAACCUACUGUACUUUGACGAGAGAGAGAGAGAGAGAGGACUGCUUCAGACUGAUGUACUCCAGUCAUACACACUGCUGUGAACUGUUAGUUUAAUACACUGGUUUGUCAUGUGUAUGUACUCUGAUCAGCACAGAUUUGAAAGAAUUGCACAAGCUGUCAAGGAUCUUAUGCCAAUAAAUACAUUUUUAAAAAGUAA